ACCGUCUUGACUCAGUGGCUACGGAUCCCCGAGUCAUGCAGUAUCUAUCGAACUCUCGUAGAAUCGCUCGGGCAUUGAAACCGCUGGGUUUCUUCGAUGCGAAUAUGAGAUUUGUAUCAUCCAAUGCUUCUCAUGUUGUCGACUCUCUCCAAUCGCCUAACCUUCGAUCUCCUCCUGCUUCUGUAUCUCCAGGGAGUUGUGCUCGUGUGGAUGAUGUACGAGAAUCCUGCAGAGUGAUGUCGUGGGAGUAUCCAGGCACAGCAGCUGUCAUGGAACUACAUCGUAAGAUACUUGAUUCUAUAAAUGUCAAGAGAUCGAUGCCUCCAAAUGCUUGGUUGUGGUCACUGAUUGACAACUGCCAGCACGGGGGUGACAUUGAAUUUCUCUUUGACGCUCUGCAGAAUCUCCGGAGAUUUAGAUUGUCCAAUCUCCGUAUUCAUGACAACUUUAACAGCAAUCUAUGCCAGCAAAUCGCUAAGACUUGUGCACGUUGUGAGGCAAUGGACUAUGGUAAACGGACUCUUUGGAAACACAAUGUUUACGGUUUGACUCCUAGCAUUGCAUCUGCACACCAGUUACUGUCACAUGCGUUAGAGUGUUGGAGCACCAAACAAAUGCGCAAAAUAAUGAAACUUAUGAAGGCGAGUAACCUGCCUCUACAGCCAGGUACAGCGGAUCUAGUUUUCAGGACCUGUUAUGUGUCAGAUAACUGGGUUCUAUUAGCUAAGUACUCGAAGAGAUUCUGCAGAGCUGGAGUCAAGUUAAGGAAGACCACAUUUGGUAUAUGGAUGGAAUUUGCUGCCAAAAGAGGUAAGGUUUUGGAAAACUUAUGGAGAGUUGAUAAACUGAGAUCUGAGACUUACACUCAACACACUCUCUCCUCUGCUUUUUCAUGUGCAAAGGGAUUUCUGCUAGAACAUAAACCUGAAGAAGCUGCUGCUGUCAUCCAAAGUAUCUGCCAGGCAUAUCCUGAUGAGAAGAAGUCAGCACUUGAGGCUGAAUUCCAGAAGCUGGUAAACGAGUGGCCGGUGGACGUUAUCAAGCACCAAAAAGAAGAAGAUAAAAAGGCUGUAGCAGCUUCACUGAAAUCUGGCAUCCCUGCCAUGGUCGAUGCUUUGGUAAACUCGGGCUUGAGAGUGAGCAUAGAUUUGGAUGUGCUCAACAAGAACGAAGCUCUUCUCAGCUGAUGCUUUGUAAAUAAAAUAACCGAAUGACUACUUAUCUAGUAAUAAACAGAAAGUUUGUUGCUCAAUGAGAUCAAACAUG